UGCCCUGUUCAUCAGGUAUAAGUGAUGAAGUGAUUGCUUUAUUACGAUUUAAGUCGGAGAAGCCCUGGAACCAUGAGCAACUGGGUGGUUAACCAUGGCAUGUCUGCGCUUGUCAUUGUGGUGUGGCUGGGAAUAAACAUCUUUCUAUUUGUCUUUUACUAUGGAGUCUAUGAGUAUAAUCCAGAAUAUUACUACACAAGGAAAAUUCUUGGAUCUGCACUGGCCUGGGCCCGAGCUCCAGCUGCCUGUCUCAACUUUAACUGCUUGUUGAUCUUGCUGCCUGUUUGUCGGAAUUUACUCUCCUUUCUCAGAGGGUCCUGCUCGUGCCGUAGAUGCGGUGUAAGGAAACAGCUGGACAAGAACCUCACAUUCCAUAAACUUGUGGCAUACAUGAUUGCCUUGCACACAGCAAUUCACAUUGUGGCACAUUUAUUCAACUUUGAAUGGUUCAACAACAGUCAACAGUCAACAGAACAGACUCUGGAUGCUGUACUAUCGAGAAUUGGGGAGAAUAAUACCAAAUGGUUGAAUCCUAUUCGGUCUGCUCAUACAACCCCCAGUUAUGUUACAUUCACCACAAUUGCUGGCUUAACUGGAGUCAUCAUCACAUUGGCCCUUAUCCUCAUGAUCACAUCUUCAACAGACACCAUUCGGAGAUCAUACUAUGAAGUCUUCUGGUUUACACACCAUCUCUUUGUCAUAUUCUUUGCAGGACUUGUCAUUCAUGGAAUCGGCCGUAUUGUUCGACAUCAGACUGAUGAAAGCAUGGAGGAACACAAUUUUGCGUACUGUCAAAAUCAUACAGCAGAAUGGGGGAAGAUCCCUGAAUGUCCAUUCCCUUUGUUUGAGGGAGGAGCUCCUAUGACUUGGAAAUGGGUGCUUGCCCCAAUGAUACUGUACGUCUGUGAGAGAUUGAUACGACUAUAUCGAUCACAACAGAGGGUUGUUAUCACCAAGAUUAUUGUUCAUCCAUCAAAUGUCCUGCAGCUUCAGAUGCAGAAGAAAGGUUUUAAAAUGGAAGUUGGACAAUACAUCUUCAUCAACUGUCCGUCCAUCUCACAGCUAGAGUGGCAUCCCUUCACUCUGACCUCUGCUCCGGAAGAAGAUUAUUUUAGUGUACAUAUUCGAUCAGCUGGUGAUUGGACAGAUGGUAUGAUCAAAGCGUUUGGAGAAGAAAAAGACGGGGGACCAAAACAAAUUCAACCAAGGAUUGCAGUAGAUGGUCCUUUUGGAACAGCCAGUGAAGAUGUCUUCCAUUACGAGGUCAGUGUUCUGGUUGGAGCUGGCAUCGGGGUGACGCCGUUUGCAUCGGUUCUGAAGUCAAUCUGGUACAAGUAUGAACAUUCCGAUGCUGAACUGCGAACCAAAAAGAUAUACUUUUUUUGGAUCUGUCGAGAGACUCAGGCAUUUGAAUGGUUUGCUGACUUACUCCGAUCACUUGAAAGCAACAUGGAACAACUAGGCAAACCGGACUUUCUCAACUACAAGCUGUACUUGACUGGAUGGGAUGCCACACAGGCUGUUCAUAUCAAGGUACACUUUGAUAAAGAGACUGAUGUGGUGACAGGACUCAAACAGAAAACACAUUACGGUAGACCUAACUGGGACAAAGAGUUUCAUUUGAUUGCACAAGCUCACCCCAGAACAAACAUUGGAGUCUUCCUGUGUGGACCACAACCUCUGGCUGAAGCUUUAGAACAAUGCACAAACAAGUAUUCGGAGAUCAACCCCUUGGGGGUUCACUUUCAUUUCAACAAGGAGAACUUCUAGGUUUUGGAGGAAAAAACUGGAAAAACAGUAUGAACAGCAGAUUUCUUUCCACCUACCUGACUUUAAGAUUUCUGAAUUCACAGAAGCAAAAUGUCUUGAAACACAUUUACAUACAGGCUGCAGUUCUUCAGGCUAUUAUUUGCACCCUUUCUUUUCAAUGGAUGUAAAAUUGUGGACUGCUCAAGUUCACCACCACGUGAUUUGGAUCAGCUCCUUGGACUCACUGUUCCAUUCAACAAAAUCAUAGCCAAUGCUUUAACUUAGCCCCUGGACAGUAUUUUUUUGCUUUUACCCAAAUGAUGCCUAAUCUGCAGAUUUCUGUCUUUUUUCUUGUUUUUACAAUGAAAUUUAUUGCUCAAUUGCAAUAGAACCAACAAGGUAUGUGUUAAUAUUAAAUUUUUUUUGUAAUUCCGUGAUGCAUUAACACAAUUAAGCUUACUGUUAAACAUGUUUAAGUCACAUCAUUGUCUAUGUAUGAAUAUUGUAAACAGCUGAAAAUGUUAUAUUUUUACAAGGGACAUAGCUCUUUAUUAUUCCCUAUUUCAGCAGCAUGUUUUUUUUUUAAAAAGGUCAAGUUCUUAAGAUUAACAUUAUGAAUUCAUUACAAGAAGUUAUUACAAGUAGGUCAUAGACUAAACAGUGGUGAAGAUGAACACGAUUGCUACUGAUGAUGUAAAUGUUGCUUGUUACAGUAAAUUGCUUAAAUUGUGUUAAUGUGACAGGAACACAAAGACAAUUACACAAAUAUAGUUGCAAAAAAUUCAUUUUGUUCUACUCCAAACCCUCCUUUACUGCCGUUUGAAAGUUUCUCACUCCCACAUCCUUACUCGGAAAGAAACUUGCAUACAUUUUCAACCCCACCCUAGGCAAACAGUCACUAAUAACUUUCCAAAGUUUGUCUUCCUGGAUCUACAGAAGCUAAAUCUCACCGUCAAAUUUCAUUAAGGUGAACAAUAUUCUUAAAAGGUGUUCAGAAAAACUCACUUCUAUGAACAGUUUCAAAACAUGCUCUCUUUAUCUAACUCCUGUACAGCAAUCUAUUAACAAUUUUUUGCUCAUAAUGCUCUUCACCAAAUAUAAAUGUACAUUUAUAUACCUUCUUUAAUGUUGCAAAUCAUUCAAGCAACUUCACAGGAACAUAAUCAAGUACACAAGAGCAGGAGGCAGCCUUUUGGCUCCUCAAGUCCAACCCAUCAUGAUCAUGGCUGAUCCAACCCUGGUUUCAUAUCACUUUCUCUGUGCUAGUUCCCUAAAGACUUCAGUGACCCGAUCUUUAAGAAACAUCUUUCUUCAAAUACUUGCAAUGCUCUGGCCUCCAUAACCUUACAAGACAGGAAAUUCUACAGAUUCACUACCAUCCUCAAGAAGUUCCUAUGUAUCUUAGCUUUAAAGGACAGUCUCCUAACCUUGUAACAAUAUCCUCUUAUUCCAUAUUGUUCCAUUACUUGAAAUAGGUUGACAUCUGUCAGGUUUCUUGAAUAUCUAUGUUUCAAUAUGAUCGUCCAUCCUUCUUAUAAAUAAACUUAUAGACUUCAUCUUUUAUAGUAACUUGUGAUAGGACAACCAGUUCAUCUGAAGAAUUAACCUCUUGAUGACUACCUCCAAUGCCAGUUUAUAAAUCCUUAAAUAAGGGGCUAUAAUUGUGCAGUGUUCCACAAGUAAUCUGUACAUUUGUAACAAUAUCAUCCCAUUUCUAAACCCCAACCUUCUUGCAAUAAAUGCCAAGAUGCAAUUUGCCUUUCAAACCGAUUGCAACUUAAAUUUCCUUACUUAUCUUUCUUCAAUUAGAUAAUACGUCUUUUAAUUCCUCUUAGAAAAGGCAUAACUGCACUUUUCCACAUUAAACUCCUAUGGUCUUGUUUCUCACCCACUUGCCCAACUGAUCUAUAGAGACAAAGACGUAUGGGCUGUAAAGCUGGGGGAGGGGUGAACACCAGGACGAGAGCAAGUGGGUGAAAAAUGAAGCAGUUGGAGUUUAAUGUGGAAACAUUAACAAGUACAGGGAUGAGACAAUAGACAAUAGGUGCAGAAGUAGACCAUUCGGCCCCUUGAGUCUGCAGCGCCAUUCUGAGAUCAUGGCUGAUCAUUCACUAUCAAUACCCAGUCCCUGCCUUGUCCCCAUAUCCCUUGAUUCCCCUAUCCAUCAGAUAUCUAGCUCCUUCUUGAAAGCAUCCAGAGGAUUGGCCUCCACCGUCUUCCGAGGCAGUGCAUUCUACAUGAUGAGUGAAUGGAUUCUGUUAGUUAGAAUCCAAGUGGUAUACAGAACAUAGGUAACCAAUGCCCUGAAUAACAACAAAAUAGAAAAAGAAACACAGCGAAUCUGCCUUGCAUAUAAAAAAAAAAUCUAUUAUCAUCAAGGAAGAGAGAUUCUGGUGUUCAAAACUUGCUUGGUGGACAGUCUGCUGGUCAAACAGCUACCAAGCCAUCCAUUCAUUCACUCCAAAAUAUUAAAAACUACCUUUCUAAUUCUGCCAGACAAGUUUUAGACUGCCCAUGGAAUUAUUAUUAUUUUUUUUUUAAACUUUUUUUAUUGCAUUUUUAAAUGAUUACAAAGUAUGAAAAAACAAUGUAUAUAACCCUUACCCCCUCCCCCCUAACUGCCCUAUAGAAAAAAGAAAGAAAGAAAGAAUGCCUGGUUGUUGGAAGAUAUCCACAUGCUCCAUGGAAUUCGUAAUAACUUUAAUAUGUAUAUUUAUUUCUUUCCCCUAAUAACCAAUUGUUUCAUCUUCAGAGCAUCUAUAUAUUUAAUCCUGUCUUUUGUAAAUAAGGGCUCCAAAUUUUCAGAAAUGUUUCAUAUUUAUCUCUUAAAUUAUAAGUAAUUUUUUCUAAUGGAAUACAACCAUAGAUUUCUUUCUUCCAAGAAUCUAUACUUAAAUGUGUAUCCGAUUUCCAAUUAUGAUAAAGACCUAGGAAAACAACACAUUCCUUGUAAUUCAGUCACUUGUGUAUUACUAACAGUAGAUGUACAGUAUUCCAGCAGUGUUUUGGAACCCACAAGAAACUUUUUGUAUUCAGAAGU